CUCAAAUUGGUUGGAAUUUAGGAGAAUAAUUAAUGGACAAAUCUUUGUAGUUACAGAAGGUGUUAAUUUUAUAAAGAGUGUGUUUAAACUUGGGAAUUCAUUAAGAAAAAAUAAUUAAGAUUCAUCUGGUGGCGUGGGAUAAAAUGGCCGAGCCCAGAGCGCAGGGAGGAGGGGGUCUGAGGUCCGUCCGGCAUGCAAACCUGGCUAUGCUUGCUAAAGGCGGGUGGAGGAUUAUUAAAGAAAAAGACUGCUUGUGGACUCAAGUCAUGCGAUCGAAGUACGGGAAGCAACGGGAAGGUCUUGAAGUGCUUCGUCCUGUUAAGGGAGGUUCCUUUACCUGGAACAGUUUGAAUAAAGCCUCAAACCUUCUUCGGAAGGGCUGUGCGUGGAAUAUUCAUAAUGGGAAAGGAGCUAAGUUGUGGCGUGAUGUUUGGCUUUUGCAGGUUCCUUUGACCGAGGUGGCGCUUCAACCGGUAACGGAGGAGAUGCUGAAUGAGCAUGUGGCGGAUUAUGUUGAUGAAGAAGGUAGCUGGGACAUCGAUCGCUUGGAGGUUUGGCUUCCUCCCGAGGUGCUCCAAAAGAUCACGGCGAACCUGGUGGAUCCCCUUUCUCUGGAAGAAGACACUAUCCUCUGGACCGCUUCCUCGAAUGGCCACUUCUCAACCUCCUCGGCCUACAGUCUAGCCUUACCUCCAAGGCACGACCCGAAUGAGAAGAUGUGGCGAACCAUUUGGAAGCUCCCGGUUGCAGAAAGAGUCAGGUGUUUCGUUUGGCUGAUGUCCCUAGGGCGCAUCGCGACGAAUGUUCUCUGCUAUUCCCGUAAAUGUGCGGAGUCCCCCAUGUGCCUUAGAUGCGGGAACGACGAAGAGACCAUCCUUCACUUGCUUCGGGAUUGCUACCCUGCUCAUUUCUUCUGGCUGAGAUGGAUCCCCCAGGCGGAGCAUCAGAGCUUUUUCAGCAGCAGUCGGGAAGAUUGGGUCCGAGACAACAUCCUUAAGGAGGAUGUGAUGGAGUCUGGUAUGAAUUGGAACAGCUUCUUUAGUACUGCAGUGUGGUGUAUCUGGAAGAACAGGUGUACAGGGUGUUUCCAGGGGUUGCAGAAGGCGCUUUCUGCACCCUCCCUUGCUUUCUCCAUCCAGCAAAAGACUAUUUUGUGGCAUAAAGCUUGGCAGGCCCCUACGGUGAACUUUGGCCGCCAGGGAUCCAGGCCGGAGAGGAUUGAGACGCAGAUUCAUUGGAGAGCCCCUCGAAAUGGGUGGGUCAAGCUUAACGUGGAUGGGGCGUCGGCGGGCAACCCGGGGAUUGCUGGAGUCGGGGGUAGUAUCCGCGAUGAGCAUGGUAAGUGGAUCCGGGGCUUUGUUGCUAAAGUGGGUGAAGCCUCGGCGACCCUUGCUGAGCUCUGGGCUAUUUACUAUGGCCUUCAUCUCGCCAGGAAAGCCGGGCAUUCUUGUGUCCUUGUUGAGUCGGAUUCUCAGUUGGCUAUCGCUUUGAUUAAGAGUCGUCAUGACCCAGUUCAUCCCUACGCCGCUUUGUUGGCUUAGAUUCGGAGGUGUCUAGCGCAGGAUUGGUUGGUCAGCAUCGGGCAUGUGUAUCGAGAGGGGAAUAGAGUCGCGGACUGGCUCUCGAAGCACAGUCUCGUCUAUCCCCUGGGUAUGCAUGAACUUGUUGAUCCACCGCCGGCGUUGACUCCUAUUCUUAUGGAAGAUUGUAUGGGCAUUUCUUUUCAGCGUCGUGUUGUGACGCAUCCCUCUUACUCUCUGUAAUCCUCUUUGCGGCUUUGGCCUCCCUUCAAUGCAAAAAAAAAAAAAUUAAGAAAAAAAAAUUAUUGAUUAGUCUCCCUCCCAUCAGAGUGUGUGAUAUCUUUUAAUCUUACAGGUUACAACCAAGCCGAGCCAAGCUGAUGAAGGAUGAGACGAAUAAAGACAGCAAGAAGCCACCUGGCCGGUCACCAAUUGUUCUAUUAUAGCUGGCACUGAAACUAAUUAAAUAAUCUUAAUUAACAAGCUCUGUCACUUACUGGUGGAAUGAAAGCGAUUAGCGCUC